ACUACAGCAUUUACUUUCCUUUUCCGGAGUAGCGUUGAUUUCAGCUGGUGGUGCUCAUCGAAGUAGUAGAAGCAGGUCGAGAUAAUGGAUGAGAGCGUUGAGGCUGGGUCAUCUCUUCCCGACAAUCCAUUAGGUAUUGAGCAGAUACACUUAGAAGCACAGAAUCAGUGGUUAUCCCAAGCUCCAAUAUUGGGAAUUCUUCAGAAUCAUGAGAAAUUUGGCAUUAGCUCAGAACUCCCUAAUAAGCCACCAAGUGGUUCGCUUUUUCUUUUUGAUAAGAAGGUGCAAAGGCACUUUAGAAAUGAUGGACAUAAUUGGAAAAAGAAAAAGGAUGGGAAAACAUUAUUGGAGGGUCAUCAGACACUCAAGAACGAAAGCUUUGGUGAUUUGGAUUGCUACUAUGCCCAUGGGGAGGAGAAUAGAAAUUUUCAAAGACGUUCUUAUUGGAUGCGUAAAGGGGACUUCUCCCACGUUGCUUUUGUCCACUACCUGGAAGUAAUGGUUAGAAUUUAUGAUUUAUCCUAUCACUCCUCCUUUUGUUUCUUUCAGCCAUCUUCCAAAAUGAACCUAAGAAAUUUAUUUUCUUCUUUUUACUUUUAACUUCUUGUGGAGAUCAUGUGGCUCAAGCGAUUACAACUUUCCAGAAUAAAUUGCAAAUUUUGAAGUUUUAUUAAGCCAAAUUUAUAGGAGUAUGCUGAUAUACUAUCAGGCUGUUGAUGUUGUGUCUAACUCUACCAUCCUUAACUCCAUAAACUAAUAGAGCCUUAUCAUAUUUGGGUAUGUGAACGAAUUUAUUUCCUGGAUUCCAACCAGGUAUGUCUUUACCUCCUUUUUCUUGAUCUUGGUGUUAUGUCUUUUAAUUCUUUAAUCCUUUUCUGUCCUCAUUCUCAUUUUUCCUUUACUAUUUUCAGUGGCCUUACCCUGAACCAUCCAAAGUGCUGGAUGUUGAGUUGUCCCAUAAAGAGAAUAGUUGUUUUCAUAUGGAUGAUAAAGAUGUUGUAAUUUG